ACGUCAUAAGGCUGCGCUGCGCUCCUGCGUCUGUGAUUCUGAAGAAAGAUCCAUGGGGCACUUUUAUAAUGACGGCGUUUAUUAAAGAGGAGAGUGAAGACGUGAAGAUUGAAGAAACAUUCAGAGUCAAACAAGAAGAUACUGAGACACAAACAGACCUGAUGGCACUUAAAGAGGAGAAUCAAGAACUGAAUAAAAUUCAAGAGAAAUAUCAAUAUGAAAAACGUGAUUUCAAAACUGAAGAAGAAUCGAUUAGUUCCUCACAAACUGAAAUCAGUUUCUCAACAAAAAAAGCUCAAAAACCACAAAGUACAAACUUUCAUUCCAGCAUGAGAAUUCACACUGGAGAGAAACCUUUCACCUGCCAACAGUGUGGACAAAUUUUCAAUCAGAAAGGAAGCCUUACAAUGCACAUGAAAUUUCACACUGAAAAGAAACCGUUAAUAUGCCCUCAGUGUGGAAAGAGUUUUACACGGAAACAACUCUUUAAUGUCCACAUGAGAAAUCACACUGGAGAGAAACCAUACACCUGUAAACUGUGUGGAAAGAGUUUCACACAAAAACAUUACCUUAAUGCCCACAUAAAACGUCACACGGGAGAGAAACCUUGCACCUGCAAACUGUGUGGGAAGAGUUUCUCAUUAAAAGGAUAUUUUAAGACUCACAUGAAAACUCACACUGAAAAGAAGUCAUUAAUAUGUCCUCAGUGUGAAAAGACUUUUACUGAGAAAAAAUUCCUUAAAGCCCACAUGAGAGUUCACACUGGAGAGAGACCUUACACCUGCAAACUGUGUGGGAAGAGUUUCACACGUAAAGGACACCUUAAGAUUCACAUGAGGAUUCACACCGGAGAGAGGCCUUUCAUAUGUGUUCAGUGUGGAAGGAGUUUUACACAGAAAAGUUUCCUUAUUGGUCACAUUAGACUUCACACUGGAGAGAAGCCGUUCACCUGCCCUCAGUGUGGAAGGAGUUUCACCCUUAAAAGAAACCUACAGGUUCACAUAAGAAGUCACACUGGAGAGAAUCCAUUCACAUGUGAUCAGUGCGGCAGGAGUUUCAGAUACAAAGACAACCUUAACUAUCACAUCAGUAUUCAUUCAAGAGAGAGGAGUUUUAAAUGUCAUCAGUGUGAAAGGAGUUUCACAGACACAAAUCACCUUCAGGAUCAUGUUAAAAUUCACACUGGAGAAAAACCUUUCAUGUGCCAUCACUGUGGAAAGAGUUGCUCAAAAGGAGGACACCUCAAAGAUCACUUGAGAACUCACACUGGAGAGAAGCCUUUCACCUGUGAACAGUGUGGAAACAGUUUCAGUGCUAAAAGAACCCUAAAGUCUCACAUGAUGAUUCACACUGGAGAGAGACCUUACAAGUGUCCUCAGUGUGAGAAGAGUUUCAGAAGUCAAGGCAGCAUGAAACGUCAUUUGAAAACACAUUCUGGAAAGAAAUUGCAGUUUUCCAAAUUACAAGAGUUUUAGAAAAAGGAGCAAUUUCUACAAUCAUUUGUGCAUUCUUUCUGGAAAACUAUUUAAUUGCGGUCAAUGUAAGAAAACCAAAUAAACAUUCAUGUGAAAAGUCA